AUAUGUAUUGUUCGUUUUAUUUUUUGCAAACUCAAAAUAAAAAUCACAAGACUUUUGGACAUUUGUUGAGCACAGCCAUUAUUGAAUUUGUGAAAAAAAAUUUUCAUCAUUACAAACUACGAAGAUGAUUAUUAAAAUUUCAUUUUGCUUAAUGUUAUUAAGCACAGUUGUUUAUGGACAAAAUGAAACUUGUGAUCGAGUAUUGGAUUCAAUGAUCGAUAGCUGUAAAGCUAUUCGAACAACUCUUAUUUCAUUGGAUAGUUUGGAUCCAAAAGUUGCUUGUUGUAAAAAUGCACGUUAUGAUUUAUGCGUUCAAGGUGUAAAGGCUUAUAUAACGGUUGCAAGAUCAACAAGAAUUUGUCAAGAAUCACAUUAUGAAGAAAAAUUGAAUGGAUUAGAAUCAAAUAUAGCAAUGCAAGCUGUAAAAAAAUUAUGUGAAAAUUUUGAUUCAAAAACAUGUAUCACUGAUACUGUUAGUAAUGCAUGGAAUUCAAUUAGUGAAACACUUAAUCCAACAAAUCUAUCUGAAACAAUCAGUAAAAAUUUUAAUGGUGCAAUGAGUUCAAUAGGUAAUUUUAUGAAAAAUUUUGGUAAUCAAGCACAAAAUGUUGGUAGCGAUGCAUCAUCCAAAUUAAGUGAAUUAUUUACACAACAACAAUCAAAUAAUGAAUAUUCGAUUGCAACACCAGAUCAACAACAACAACAACCGUUACCAUCAUCAUCAUCGAUUAAUUCAUUGACAAAUUCUAUAUCAAAAUUUUUCCAACAAAUUACACAACCAGUUGAUAUUGUUAACAAACAAGAUGAAAAAAAGGAUGGUCGUCGUCGAUGAUGAUUUCGAAGAAACAAUCAAUUCAUUUUUUACCCUUCUCCAAAAAAAAAAAAGAUAAAAUUUUAAAUUUAGAAUUCACUUAGUUUGAUAAGA